GCGAGAUGCUGCUGACGGCUGCUGACCCUUUUGUCUUGUACUGGCACAAAAUAGAGACUGAUUGGGGACAUUCUUGAAGAGGAAAAGUGUCAGUUUCAGAGGAAAAGUUUUUCAUUUAUACAAGUUCACUGAAAGUCAAGAAUCUCUGCAAAGUAAAAUGUUGACAAGAGGGUAAGUGCACGAGCGCCGUGCUAAUAACCUUUUUUAAGAAAGCGUUUUGUUUCUGCGAAGUCCUCUUCUUUUCCAUUGGCCCCCAUGAAAUCUUUUAUUAAAAACUGAUUUGGACGAAUGAAACUAAGUGGUGCCUUGACGAGUAUUUCUAUUAAGGACAUUAAGAGACAUCUUAAUACAAUUUACUUCUCAAGGGACCAAUUAGUAGCUGGUUGCUAACCUCUAAAGGUAAUACUGCACUUUUAUGCCAUAAAACAAAUUAGCACUUUCAAUUAAGCUUAAGCUUAGAACUUGAGGAUUAAAUACAUCAUAGCGGUGACCAGCAAAAAUGAAAGUCGGGCUUUGUUUUUGCCAAGGAAGGAAUGACAAUGUGUUUUAGAUGCAAAUUUUGUUUGACUUCAAUGCACUAACAUUACUAUGACUUCGAAAAAUAUACUUCUGCUGCACAAUUUGCAAUGACAACUUAUUUUUAAACACAAUUGUUGGUAUGGGAGCUACACUAAAGACUAUUCAUUUAUAGUUAAACAUUCUUCAAAUCAUUAAUUUGCAGUUCUUUAAUUCACUUGUCAUGGAAUUUUAAUAAUGUCAGGUAAGUUUUGUAUGUUCUUUUUGCUUCAUAACACAUACUUUUUAACUGUUAAAAGGACUGUCGUAGCACUUAAUAGUCAAAUAGUUGUUAGUUUUGCAAUUUGCGCUUCUUAGGGGUCGGGGACUAUGAGAAUGAACAUUUAAGUUACCGAAAUUGAGAGUAUGAGAAGCUUUCAAACACCCCAAUAUUACAGUCUGCUUAAUCUUAGUUCAAUUUGUCCACCUUUGUUUUCUUUUGUAUUUGCUUUGUUAAUGAAAUGUUUAUUUCUUCAUUCUUUUAAGCAGCUAUUUUUUCCUCCUUGGUAAAUUAUAAGUAUGACAGUAACUAAGACGGAGAGAAAAAAAUAUCAUUAUUGUCAUCUCUCUCAUUCACCACUGAACUAAACUUUCCUUUGAUGAAAAUUGUGCCAUAAACUUGUAGUUCCUGAAAGACCUGCGCCCCCUAUUGUUGGUAAGGUAACAGCUAGCAGUAUUGAACUAUACUGGGACCAAGCGGUAACCACUGAAGACGUGUCAGGGGGAAGACUUCGAUAUUGUAUUCAGGAAGAAGAAGACGAUACCAGGAAAGGAUUUGGGAAUGUCUACAAGUGAGUACAUUUGUGCUGGGCAGUUAAUUCAGUAGAAUGACCAGUGAUCCGGGAAAACUGAGUCCUCUUGUGAAAUUUUACAAAAGAAGAAAUAUAACAAAGAAUUUCAAACACCUUAUGCCCCCUUCUAUAUAGCCAGAGUUAUGGAGACUUGAGCCGCACUUCCCUAGACAAAGAACCUUGGAUUUAUAUUUUUUUUGGUCUAGCUAUUUAUUCCCAAAAUUUUGAUGUUGAUGCUACAGGUCAAAUUUGAUUUGAGAUUGAAAAUUUUCAUCCUAGUUUGAUUCUCAGUUUCCUUGUUUUCAAGGGCUAGGAGACAUUAGAAAUUGAGAAUCAACCUAGGUUAAAUCAAAAUUAACCUGAAAUAAAAUUUGACCUGUAACAUUGACACUUGAUCAUCCUAAUGUGAAGUUGCUUUAUAUGAAUUAAUGUUUUUUUUUUCGUGACCCAUGUUUUAGUGGCUUUGCCAAGAGCAAUAUUUUCAGAGGUUUGGAGCAAAAUAAGACAUAUCGUUACCGUCUUCGUGUUAGUAAUGACCAUGGACAUAGUCCCUGGAGUCAAGUUAUCACUGUAACAACAACACGUAAGUAAACCUGGCCUGACUGAUCCUCCAUAUUAACAGUCAUCAAAGAACUGAGAAAUAGUUUGUUAGGGCUAUAUGGGACUGAGAUUUCCAUGAAAAUAUGGGAUCAUGGUAACAUAAACUCAUACUUACACAGGCAGAAGCUACUUUAAAUUUUAGCACUGACAUUUCCAAUUAGGGUUGAUUAGCAAGAAAAAUAAAAUGGGGUAUUAGUUUUUGCAAUAAUAACAGAUAGGUGCAAAAACUAAGACCUCACUCACUGAUUAGUGAGAAAUAAAAGGUGCUAGGUUUGGGAACCUUAGGUGUAAGUUUUCAUAACAAAUUAUCUCAUGAAGCACCAAACAACUGCCGCGGUGUACUUGUAUUGGAAGCAAACACUGGCUUUUAUCCAUUAUUUUUGACAGGAAUUCCUUUAUCUGGUUAUGAUCUUCAUCAUGCUGUCUUAAACUGGGAAGUAGAUAAGGUGGUAGCAAUUCUUGAAGAAAGGUGUGUCACUGAAUUAACAUCUUGCACAGUCGAUUCAGAUGUUGGAGCUAAAGAAUAUGAAACCAUUACAGGGGCCUUCAUGGGGAGCAUGAUGAUAUUAGUGAAAAUGCCUAUAGGAAUAUUCCAACUUGCCCAGUUUGUCAAAUGAAAGCAAAUUUUCCCAGCUGACAGUGAUUUUUUUUCCAUUAAUGGUGAUCUUAUCAAACAAAGACGGGAAGACACUGGUCUUGAAUCAGUUUUAGAAAUCAGAGCUGCAAUGAAGGACAUAUGCAAGACAGCAUCCAAGAAAUUGUCAGCUUGGUUCAGGAAAAUUUCCAGCCUAGAUAGGUUGAUAGAAAAUCAAAAACAGUUCAGCACUUGUAUGAUUGUAGUAAAGAAAAACUGGUUGUAAACUAUGAAACAUGUAUAAAAUGACAUUAAAAACUGUAACCCGAUUUGAAAAACUAAAUUGAGUAGGAUUUUGGAAAAUUUUGAGGUAAGAAUAUUUUCUGCAGUUCAGAAAAGCUAACACUGGAUUUUGUUUGGGAGAUUUGUUGACCCCAUCAGGACGCUGGGAGAUGCCCCAUUAAAAUCCUGUUUUUUUUAACCCAUAUUCAAUUGUUAUUUAUUUAUUUAUUUAUUUAUUUAUUUAAGUGGUGAGAACUUAGUUGACUCCCCGGACACUUACGGCAUGUCUCCUUUGAUGAUUGCAUCACAGAAAGGUUAUACGGGGUUAGUAUCAAUUAUUAUUGUCCCUUUCUGCACUUCUGCAGUCAUAGUCAAACUUAAUUCCUCAAAGACAAAUCUUUAAAACAAGCCAAGUAUCAUCUGUCAACUUUAGAUUUAAAACAUGGGUGUUGUUAUGGUUCAAACCAGUUUAAGUUUUAUUGCCUUUCAUCUCAGAACAUUAACAUAAUCUGAUACGAAGCAAAACAAAAUGUGAUAUUAAAGACAAGUACAUUUCCUCUCACGAUAGGAGUCCAAAAAAAUGCAUUCCGUGAUGUUGCUCAAAUAUUUAGUAACCGUGGUUAUUGUUUACCUGUUUAGUACAAAAUGUAAACAUUUGUUGUGUACCAGUUUGUGUAAUGAUGAGCAGGUGCCUCUCCAACUGUAUUUCUUUGCUCAUUUACCUCCUUUUCUCUCAACUUUGUGUCUUUUUGUCUCAAGCAAUUAGUAACUACCAACUUUUAUGUAGAAUAAAUAUGUAUAUACUUGUAAUGGAAAUUCAUAUUUAUUUACUGCUGUAGUUGUUUAAUACUGUUGUAUUUGAUACCUAUUUUUUACUUUCCAGUAUUGUUUCAAGUUUGAUUGCACAUAAGGCAGAUGUUAACUUCUCCAAUACAAGUGGCAAAAACAGGUGACUUAUUUACUAGCUCUGGAAUUGUGAAUGUACACCACUAGCUGCCCCUUGUCAGUUUUUUCUUGUCAGUUACCUGAUUACUGGCCCACUUGAAAUAGCAGUCUCUGGUAAAUUUUCCAGCUAUAAAGAGGAUUUUCUUUUUUAGCUCUGCAGUAUUUGUGAUUUCUCUGCCAUUCAUUAAUUUCACCGGGAGAAAUGCCUCUAAAAGCUGGUUUUCUUUGGUGAUGGAGUCGGAGUCGUAAGAGUGCUUAUGAGUCCUUGUGAAAAUAAAAAAUUGGAGUCAUAAGUGCAACAGAAUUGGAGUCAGAAGAAUCAGAGCGUUUCCAUUUUCUUCUGACUCCUCUUAUGACUCUGUUGUUUACGAUCAAGUGAAAACCAGAUUGUCAGAUUUGCAAGCAGAAGUGGAGGGAUAAACCAAUCACAAUACACGUUCCCACACUUUGCUUGUGACUCCAACGACCCAGUUUUCACUUAAUUUAAACGACGGAGUCGUAAGUGGAAUCAGAAUGCUGUUUUCACUAGAUCACAAAGUUCUCUGUCACUAGUAAAAACCAGCCUUAAUUUUUCAUGGUUAUUUUAGCAUGAUGUUGGCCUGCUUUGGUGGUCAUUUAAAGGUAGCUCUUCAGCUUUAUGAUCAAGGAGCAUCACUAGAUACAAGAGAUAAUGGUGGAUCCUGCUGCCUUCACUGGGCAGUUGAUGGUGGUAAACCUGGCUGCAUACAAUGGCUGUUGGAUAAAGAAAUUGAGGUGGGAAAAAAACUUUUAAGUGCUUAGGUGGCUGAGGGGUGUGGUUCAGAUAAGGACACAGUUUAGAAAAGAAAUGUGGGAAACUUAAAGAUAACAAAAUAUUGAAUAGGUUAAAGAAUUUGCUUACACCGUCCUUUUAAAUGACAAAACUAGGUGUUGAAAUGGAUUUGGUAUUUGCUCAGUAGAAAUAGCAGUGCUAAUUAUUAAAGCAAUUAUUGAAGCUUGGAUAAUUUUGUCACCAGGUUGAUGUUGAAGAUGAGUGUGGUUGUUCACCAUUAAUGAGACUUGGUAUGUAAAGAAAAAUAUUGAUCCAAUUAAUUUUAAUUUUGUAUUUUAAAAUUAGGGUACAGUAAACAUGCUGUGUGGUUCAGCUAAUGUGUUUUCAUCGCACAUAAUUUGCACGAAAGGAAACUAAAGUCUGGUAGAGAAAGAGAAGAAAGUAUUAGAUGUUCAGUUACCUCUUGCCCACAUAGAUCUAGGCUAGUAAAAUGAAGCAGCAUCUUGCCUUUCAUUUAUGCUCAAGACUGUACUCUUUCUGUAGAUGAAGAAUAGUACAGUGCAAGAGUAAGGUGCCACUAGUAGCCGCUAGGAACUGCUAGAGCUCAGCCUUGAUGCUGCCUUUCUUUAUUUUUUUUUGCCUUUUAAAAUUUUAGCAUCAAUAAAUGGCAAUGUUGAGGUGGCCAAGAUCUUGAUUGAAAAUGGAGCCAAUGUGAACAAAGUGGACAAACUCAAGAAAACUUCAUUGAUGGUAAAAUAAUAAGGACAAAUAUAUUUUAGUCCUUUCCUUUCUUCUAGGUGCUGGUGUGCCAGACAAAAUUUUAAUUGGUAGCCCCAUACGUUUUUUCAAGGAACUUGCCCCCUUAUUUUAUUGUGACUGUCAUAUUUUUGCCUCCUGAGCAGAUAUACAUUUUUCGGAUUUUUAAAUAUCAUUGUCACUGGCUUGAAGUUUACCUUUUCUAUUAAUAUCAUUGAAACCAUCUUAAUUGCAUUGUGCCAUGAGAGUCUGGUCUCUGACAAAAAGAUUAAGAUAAAGAAAAUAUUAACAUUUGUUACAGUUUGUGUUUCAUGUCCUGUUUUUAGUCUGCUGCCCUAAAUGGUGGUCUGGAACUGGUGAAACUUCUUGUUGAAAAUGGAGCAAACAUAAAUGCUGAAAACGAGGUUGGAGGUCACUCUCUGUUGUACAUCUGUAUGUUCUUGACAACAGCCAAUUGUAUUGUCUACUGUAGCUCUCAAACGUUCAUCUUUAGGGUCCCCUUCGUCUUCGGACUCCCUUUACUCUUUGGCGGAAGUCUUGCACUCCUUUAUGGGUCACACAUGAGUGACUGCUACAUGGAUAACCACACACUUGUUGCUCAUAUUCAAACUUUUGUACCCCAGAAACAAAACACACACACACCCAUAUACACACAAAGGUUCUUUGUUGUUAUUGUUCAGCUGGCCCCGGUCGAUAACUUUAUGCACCCAAUAAAUCACUAUCCAGUGGAUAACAGUUAGGGAAACCAACUGCGUUAUCGAAUGAAUAGGUGAAUAGGCAGCGUUAUCCACCUUUCGAACAACUGGGCCUUGAUGAGUUGCACAUACUUAUAUAUUUUGUUUUGCUUUAAGUAUGGAAAGACAGCUCUUGAUUUUGCUGAGUCCUUUGGAAGAAAGGUAAGUAAAAAAAUGAGAAGUGAGUUGAUGAAGUUGUGAUUAAAUUACAGCAGGGAAUUUAAGUUACAGAACGGAGAUGACAGCAAAAACUACUGUGAAAUUGAUUUUGCGUUGUUUUAAACUUCACUGCCAUCAUUCCAACCCACUUGACUGGUCAAGUGUAACCGAAGUCUUCAGAAUUUGAAUUAUUAAGACGGUCUCCAAGUUCAGAAAGAGAAAGAAAAAUUGUGCGUCGUGUGUUUACGGCCUCCGUUAAAACGUCGCAUCAGAAAGUGAGCAGUGGUCAGUGGCAAGGAAAUGAACCAAUAAAAGUGUGACACACGUGCUAGAACGUAUUCACGCACGUGCCAGCAGCUACCAAUACAAUAUUAUGCCGCGUGACGUCAUGUGAAUAAUUUGAGGUUUGUGUUGUUUUAGUUAUAAUUCAUAUGACGUCACGGCGGCAUAUUUGGUAUCUUGAAAAACCACGCAAUCUUAGACAAUGCGAAAACGGUUAUAGACCGUCAGUCAUAUGUUGUCUUUUCAUAUAUAUUUUGAAUUCCAACUUUUUUCUUAGGAGAUUGUUUCCUACUUGAAGUCAUUGAUGAUGACAAAAAACUCUACAGAAGUUGAAACUCAAGUGUCGCUUUCAGACAUAGUGGACUCCAGUGAAUAAACGACAACAUGAUAUGAAGGAAAUUCAGUUGAAUGUUUCUUUGUCCUUUUACUGGUGCCUGCCCGAUCUUCUUUUGCAUAAAAUAGUAAGUUCGUAAUGUCCCACCAAAUACAAUGAAGGAUAAGUGGCCAUUCCGGCGUGAACGUUCCUACUAAGUUCCCUACUUUGCGUCGAUGUCUUCAGCUGUAUCUGAUGUUCUUUAAAGAAUGUUUUAACGACGAUGAAUUUUAAAUGCUUUUCUCUUAAGUUGAAUCGGUAUUUAAUAAUUC